CUCUCUCUCUCUCUCGCUCUCUGAUCUUUCUCUCUCAUGGGGAAUGCGGCCAUGGCUCCGGCCUGCUUCAAGCCAAGCCCUAAUUCAACUGUGAAGUUAAUAUUCUUCGACGGUACGACAAGAAUCCUCACAAGAAAGAAGCACAUCGCCGGGGAGAUCAUGUUCGAGUUCCCGGACAGAAUGGUCUGCCCCGCCGACUCCUUCUUCAUCGGCCACCCCGUCCCGGCGCUCGGCAUCCACGACGAGCUCCUCCCCGGCCAUACCUACUUCGUCCUUCCCAUCGACCGCUUCGCCUGCGGCGUCCUCUCCGCCGCCUCCCUUGCUGCCUUCAAAAACAAGGCCAACACUGGUCCCAUCAACUUCGGGGACUCGCCGUUCGAGUACUUGAGGGGAUCAAACGGUAGAGUUUUGAUCAAGGUCUCACCGGAGUUCAUAACCAGAUUGAUUACAAGAGGUAAUGAAAUUGGAUCCAACGGUAGUCCUAGCAAUAAUUGUGGCUUUCUUUGUAGUACUCCGGAGCUGCAAAAGCACUAUGAACAACUUGUUGGGUCUAAAGAUCAAAUAUGGUCGCCAAAGCUUGAAACCAUAUCUGAGCAUAAGAUUAGGUUUUCGCCAUGCAGAUUCAUAGAGUGGAAAAUAAAAGAGAAGGAUAUCAUGUAGUUAAACUUCUUCUUUAUUUAUUUUUUAAUUUUUUGUGUAUUCUUUGUUAAGGACAAAAGCUCCUUUUGUUUUAGGUACGAAAACAAGACAAAGUAAUUAUAUAGAUCACAUCGA